UCCGUGUGUGAUACGUUGGAUGUUCACCUGGUGGAAAAACUUCCCUGUCUGACAUGUUUUAAGGUGGAAGCAACUUAUUAAUCGACAUCAGACCGAGCAGGAAGAUGCAUUGCUCAAGUCUGCUGGUUAUCCAUUUGGUGUUGGUCCUCAUUUCCGCUGCCUUGGUCCCUGCCGCUAUAAUCCAACCCCAGGACCUCGGCAACGGUGUCCACAGCUUCCACGCUCCGAAUGCAGCCGGUACCAAAUCAUUUAAAAACAUCGUCGGGUUCGCCGUGGGAGCGGAUGGAGAGAAAAAGGCAGAGAAGAAAGAGACCAAGACCUUUGGAGGGAAAUUUAGCCAAUGCCCUUUGGGGUUCAAGAACAAGAAAAAUUCUGGAACCUGCAUGCCGGAUGGUUCUGAAGGAGACAAAUGUUCAGACGGCCAGGUGAAGAACGAGGACGGUCUGUGUGUCAUGAAGGUGAAGGUGCCGAGGAAACUGGUGCAGGACAUGAGAAAACUCAAGGCAGAGAGUAACGUGGCUCAGACGGGGCCUUGUAACACUGGCUAUAAGAAAGUGAAUGGCAUUUGCGUCCUACCAAGCGCUUUACACAAGCUAAAGAAGGUCAAGCUUCUUUCUGAUGCUGAGAAAGAAGUUGAUGGAAGGAAGGCCAAAGUAACGCCGAAGACAGCGAGACACCAGGGAGAAAAACAACUGAAGGUUUUAAUCAAGAAGGUCGAAACACAGGAGAAUCUGCCAUUCCAAAAAAAUAGCAAACCGCGGAAAGUUCUGUUAAAAACUACUGGAAAACCGCUAAAGAAGGUGAAGAAGGCGGAAGCAAAACCACAGAAGGUAGUUAAAAUCGCGAGAAAAUUAACUAAUGUUGCUAAUAAUAAAAGGGCGGGGAAGCGUGUGGAAGUGAGGAAAAAAGUAAUGGGAGAUUUGGUUAAAUCGGCGGGAAAAAUGCACAUGGCUGGAAAACCGCGCAAAGUAAAGAUUAAUGCGAAGAAGGCACAGAAGGUACAUGUAGUUAAAACGACGGAAAAACCGUUGGAAGUGAAAUGCGUUGACCAAGCGCAGCCCGAACUGCAGAAGACAGUGACGGCAGGAAAACCGCAGAAGGUCAAGAAGUGUGUUGUACCGCCGCAAGAUGGAGCCAAAGAGGCGGGGGAACUCCUCAAAGCGUUUAAAACGGCGGAAAAACUGGAAAAGGCAAAGAAAGCUGAUGAAGUGACAGUGACAGUUGGAGACAAAGAUGGUGGUGACGAUGACGACGACGACGACGACGACGACAACGACGAUGACGAUGAUGAUGAUGAUGAUGAUAAGAGCACGUAGACUAUGAGAUAAAUGGUCCUGU